AUGGUUGCUCCGCCGGCGACAAACCAGCUCGAAUUCAAGGUCUCUGCCCGUGCCGAUGGCGGGAAUGUGCGGGGGAAGACAAUGCGUGGUGCAGGUCGGCCGGCUGUGCGCAAGAUUGCCCGACUCGAUGAUCAGUACAGCGAGGUCGAGGAAGGGUUGGUUCUAAAGACACUCCAGUUUUCGCAGCUCGUCAUUAGCCCAGAGCUGGGUCAGAUUCACGUCACCAUUCGAGCUGGUGUGCUGCGUACGUCCGAGGGCGACGGCGGUGGGACUAUCAAGGGCCGCUCGGCCACUUCAGCCGUGGACGAAAAGCGAAAGAAGAACUCAAGCGCUGAAGACCGCCGUGCUCAGAACCGUGAGCGCAGUACGACCAUGGCACGAUCGCCUGAGCGCAAGCCCAAGUUACGACGCAAGCGUGCCGCUAGCGAAGCAGGGCCAGCCGGAACUCCGAAGAGGAAGAGGUCGAAGCGCGAGAGUGCGCUUGACGAAAGCCCUGAGCCGGUUUUUAUCGACAUCCUGCCGGAUCCCGCUGAGAUCAUCGAGCUUCUAGAUAGUGACGACGACGACGAUGACGACUGGCCGAUCGCACUUUGA